GCUUGAAAAUGCUACCAUCUUGCUAUGCCAAUGGAUCGAUGCUGCCGGAUAAUGAGGAGCUGGUCAACUCCCUGCUCGCCAAUCCGGACUAUCUCAGGACCCAGGUGUCCCCCAAUCCGCUGGCUCCCAGUGCCGUCGGAGGUGCGGGCAUGGAGGGUCUGAUGUGCGGAUCGUUUGCACCGGCCUUCUACUACCAGGGCAUCGAUAGCUUCCUGGCCCUGCACAACAACAUCUGGGGAUUGCCCAUAUCCUUUCUGCACAACUCGCAUCGACCGGAAAAGCCUCCUUUCUCCUACAUUGCCCUCAUCGCCAUGGCCAUCAGCAGUGCUCCCAACCAGCGACUGACCCUCAGUGGAAUCUACAAGUUUAUCAUGGAUAAAUUCCCAUAUUAUAGGGAGAACAAGCAGGGCUGGCAGAACUCCAUCCGCCACAAUCUCUCCCUGAACGACUGCUUCGUGAAGAUUCCGCGUGACAAGAACACAAUCGAGGAUAACGACAGUGCUGGAAAGGGAAGCUACUGGAUGCUGGACUCCUCGGCAUCGGACAUGUUCGAGCAAGGAAACUACCGCCGGAGGAGAACGCGCCGGCAGAGGCACUGUGGCCACCCAAAUCGCUACGAGAGGGAAUCGGGAAAGGAUUCCAACGAUGCCAACAGCGGCGCAGCAGAGAUUCGCUCGCCCAGCGAACCGCUGAGUGACUUCGAUAUCUUCUGCAACGAGCGACCCAAUUACUCCGACAGGAUUACGGAUCUGCACAGGCAGUACUUGUCCGUGUCCCUGGGCUUUAACAGUCUUUUCAACAACGAUGCCCGCGGCAUCCGACCACUGCCCGAGAUCAGGGAAUGCCCAGACGAUGUGGACACCUCCUCCAGUUCCAGCAAAAUCCAGCCAAAUCUGCAAAAUCCCAUGGAACUGCACGAGGAGCUACAUUCGCCGAGCGCCUUUACUCCUCCUCUCAAUCGCCGGGAAACCAACUCGUCGGGUGCGCCUAUUCUUGGUGAAGCUUUUCAUGGACUCAAGGAUGUGGUGGAUGCACCUGAUAGCAGUCCAGUGGCCAGCAGCAACCGAUCAAAGACCACGCUCUUUACCAUCGACAAUAUCAUUGGCAAGCCAUAA